GCGGUGCCUUGUCUCGCCUGCUCUGCUCCAGACUGCGGCGGGCGGGCAGAGCUGUUCGUUACAGAAAUGGCGGAGGGGGAGUUGGACGUGGACUCGCUGAUUUCCAGGCUUUUAGAGGUGCGAGGAUGUCGUCCAGGGAAGAUCGUCCAGAUGACGGAGGCUGAGGUGCGCGGCCUCUGCAUCAAGUCCCGGGAGAUCUUCCUCAGUCAGCCAAUCCUUCUGGAGUUGGAGGCUCCGCUCAAAAUCUGUGGCGAUAUCCACGGACAGUACACAGACCUGCUGAGGCUCUUCGAGUAUGGCGGCUUCCCUCCAGAGGCCAACUACCUGUUCCUGGGCGACUACGUGGACAGAGGGAAGCAGUCGCUGGAGACCAUCUGCCUGCUGCUGGCAUAUAAGAUCAAAUACCCAGAGAACUUCUUCCUGCUCAGGGGCAACCACGAGUGUGCCUCCAUCAACCGCAUCUACGGCUUCUAUGAUGAGUGUAAACGCAGAUUCAACAUCAAGCUGUGGAAAACAUUCACCGACUGCUUCAACUGCCUUCCCAUCGCUGCCAUAGUGGACGAGAAGAUCUUCUGCUGUCACGGAGGACUCUCUCCUGACCUGCAGUCCAUGGAGCAGAUCAGACGCAUCAUGAGACCCACAGACGUUCCUGACACAGGCUUGCUGUGUGAUCUGCUGUGGUCAGACCCAGACAAGGACGUCCAGGGCUGGGGAGAGAACGACCGCGGCGUCUCCUUUACUUUUGGAGCCGAUGUGGUCAGCAAGUUCCUCAACCGUCACGACCUGGACCUGAUCUGCAGAGCCCACCAGGUGGUAGAAGACGGUUAUGAGUUCUUUGCCAAGCGGCAGCUGGUGACUCUGUUCUCAGCUCCCAACUACUGCGGAGAGUUCGACAACGCCGGCGGCAUGAUGAGUGUGGAUGAAACCCUGAUGUGCUCCUUCCAGAUCCUGAAGCCAUCUGAGAAGAAAGCCAAGUACCAGUACGGAGGGAUGAACUCGGGUCGGCCCGUCACCCCUCCUCGCACAGCCCAACCCCCAAAGAAACGAUGAAGAAGGACGAAGGGAGGAAGAGACGCAGAGCGAGAGAGAUGAUUGUCAAAGAUUGUCUCCUGUUGGCUUUUCACAACACAAAAUAAGUCAGAGCAACACUCGGCAGAGGAGGAAACAGACGAACACGACUAUUUUAAAAAAAGACACACACCAAACCAGUCUUUCAUUUACAACCUUUUUUUUUCUUAUCUCCCUCUGAACUGCUGUCACUCUCCUCUUCUUCCUCAAUGCUUUUUUUUUCUCUGCAUCUGUGUAACCUUGAAAUGUUUUUAAAAAAACAAGUGUUGAAAGAAAAAUGAGAAAACAGUACAAGGAUGUCAUUCUGUAGCAUAUCAGAGUGUUUCUUUUUGUCUUUUGUCCUUUUUGCCUUUUCGUUUUCUUUACAACAGAAUGACAACUAGUUUAGUUUCACAUCUCUUGACUCCCCUGCCUGUACAGACACAACAGGUAUUAAUGACGGCUGCUGGGUUUUCAAUAAAUAAUACAGGGAAGAAAUCCACCUGUUGUGUGUUUCUUUCAGCGAGAUCAUUAAAGACACUUAUGAUCUAUGAAAAUGAUUGAACUAAAAAGACUUAAUUUGGAUUGCAUCUUUUUUAUUUCAAGUAUAUCGUAUAUAAAAAUAGGUGGAAAAUUGGUGGAACUGCUUACAUCUGUCCAUACUGAGGUCACGUCCUGUGAUGAGGUCAUUUUUGGAAACUGCUGGCCUAUCAGAUGACAUGUUCAGUCAGCACGUAACAUAACCGCAAUCUGCAGUUCAAAUCUGGCGUCGGACCUUCGUUAUGUUGCCCCAUCUCUGUUUCCCUUCAUUUUGAAGUCAUAUCUACACUGUGCCUAUAAUAAAAGUAUGAAAUGCCCCAAAAAGCUAUUAAAAAUAACUUUACAUGUUUCUGUUGACGCCUGCUUUAAAAGGAGUCAUUUAGAUGUGAAAUGACUUCAUGCAUGUGGUUUAGGUUUAAAAGCUCCUGAUCAUGAUCCAGAUAACUGAAGAAACAGCAUUUUUUUUUUGCAGGUUUGGUUUUAAGGACUUGUUGCUCUCACAACAAAUUCAGAUAUACUAUAAACCAGCCAAAGGUGUCGCCAGGGAUUUUAGGUCCCAUGUAAAGCUGUCACAUUGGACCAGGCCAUGCCAACCCUGUGCAACUGCUGCAACCACACCUCCAGAACCCAACUGACCCAUUCACAGCUUUACUCUACCUGUGCAGGCCUCACUGACAAUGAGCUGUGAAAAUAUAACACUGUGCAGACACACAUGCAGCAUUCUGCAUACAGUGGAAUUCAAUAUUUGAUACAAGACUGAUACCCUGUGUAAGUAGUGUGCUUUAGACUGUCUUUUACAGUUUAAAUGUAAUCUCAAUGGUAAAAUACUUAAAUGGAAAAUUCCCUCAUUUUACCUGUUUCACUAUGGACUAAGCUUAACUAACAGGUUAGGGAAUACAGAGGCUAUGGAUGGUUAGUUUCCUGCCGUUAACAAGAAACAUAAACCGCAUGUUUAGUACAAUGUAGAUAACAUAUGUUUUAAUAUCUAUUAAUGAUGAAUGAUGAUAAAUUAAUAAUAAAAAUAAACUUUUCUUGCUUA